CUGCAUCUCCGAUCCAGUUAGCUACAUCUGUUUAGCGGAAGUGAACGCUGCGCGGCUUUAGCAUUUUAAUCUCGUCAAUCAAAAAACACUCAGGAAAAGAAAGUUGUUAAAAAGACAAUUUAAUGUUACUCUCGCUCAGAGUAGAAUUAUUCUACACUCGCAGAAUGUACACUUUGGCAGUUUGAAAAGUUUACGACUGACGUGGGGGAAGUUUUUCUCUUCUUUUCUUUUUUCUUUUUUUUUUUUCUCGUGACGAAGCUAGCUGGUGCGGAGGUGGAUGCUAACUCUCCUCCGCCUCAGCCCGACACGGCGCCACUGGACCGAGCUGAACCCGUGUGUAUGCCUCCAUCACCCCUAAAGUCACCAGCGACUCUCACUACAGUGGAAUUGUCUGUUUAAUUGGAUUCAAAUUGUGGCGACUUGAGCAUCGCUAGCCGAGGUGGCGUUCAGGUACCGCUGGCUGGGAACUAAACAUGCAUUUUUCCAUCCCCGAAACGGAGGUCCGUUCGGGAGAAAAUGGAUCUACCUAUGUGGCUUACAACAUCCACGUCAACGGCGUUCUGCACUGCCGGGUGCGCUACAGUCAGCUCCUCAGCCUCCACGAGCAGUUGAAGAAGGAGUAUGGCAGCAAUGUGGUGCCUUCCUUCCCUCCAAAGAAGAUCUUCACGCUGACCCUCGCUGAAGUGGAGCAGAGGCGGGAGCAGCUGGAAAAGUACAUGCAGGCAGUACGCCAGGACCCGCUGCUCGGAGCCAGCGAGUUGUUCAACGGCUUCCUAAGAAAAGCACAGCAGGAGACUCAGCAGAUUCCAACAGAGGAAGUUGCUCUGGACGUUUGCCUGUCUAACGGUCAGAAAGUAACAGUCAACAUCCUGAGCUCCGAUCAGACCGAAGAUGUGCUGGAUGUCGUCGCAAUCAAACUGGAUCUCCCCGAAGAACUUGUGGCCUACUUCAGUCUUUUCCUCGUCCGUGAAGGAGAAGACGGAGGCCUUACGUUUGUGCGGAAACUUCAGGAGUUUGAGCUGCCCUAUGUGUCCAUCACCAGCCUACACAGCUCAGAAUUUCACAUCCUAUUACGGAAAAGUUAUUGGGACAUGGCGUACGACGCCGAUGUCAUGGACAACAGGGUUGGCCUGAACCUGCUUUAUGCUCAGACGGUGUCGGACAUCGAGCGAGGCUGGAUACUCGUCAACAAAGACCAGCACAGGCAGCUCAAGUCACUGCAGGAGAAAGGCUCCAAGAAAGAAUUCAUCCACCUGAGCCAGACGCUGAAAUAUUACGGCUACAUCAAGUUCGACCCGUGCGCCACCGACUUCCCCGAGAAGGGCUGCCAAGUCAUCGUGGGCGCCGGCAACAACGAGCUCAACUUUCACGUCAAGCUGCCCAACGAGCAGAUGAAGGAGGGCAGCUUCAAGGUCACGCGCAUGCGCUGCUGGAGAGUCACCUCCUCCCAAGUCCCCAUCGCAAACGGCACCGGCAACCCGUGCACGUCGGCCAAGUGCGAGGUGAAACUGGAGCUGGCCUUCGAGUAUCUGAUGAGCAAGGACCGCCUGCGCUGGGUCACCAUCACCAGCCAGCAGGCCAUCAUGAUGAGCAUCUGCCUCCAGUCUAUGGUGGACGAGUUAAUGGUGAAGAAGUCUGGCGGCAGCAUCAAGAAGAUGUUAAGGAAACGACACAGCGGCUCCAUGCAGCGGCCCGACUCUCAGCAAGCUGUCAAAUCACCCCCGCUGCUGGACUCUCCAGACCAGAGCCACGAGCAGAUCAUCAAACUAUCGACUAAGCUGAGCUCAGUGUCCUUGCGAGGGAUCAGCGCCUCCAACUCGGCCAACGACAUCAGCGGCGGCGAUUUCCACGGCAACUACGCUUUCGAGGGCAUCGGCGAUGACGACCUGUAACGUCUGCCGGCCGGCCGGCCCUCCCCUUCCUCCUCAUCCUCAUUCCGCGCCCCCGCAAAGGUUACGAGCUUCGGUCCGAUGCUAACACGCGUGUCCCGUUGUGCCUCUGCAGGCUUUGUAGCAUCCAGGCCCAGAAGUGGCUUCUUUGUUUGUUUGUCGGUCUCGAGCUAUUGCCAUCUGUUGCCGUUUGGAUUGCUUUGCCACCCGGCGCUGACAUUACAAUGCUAGGAAGUCAAUCGGUUCACGUGCAAAGAGCCGAGCGAGCCGUCGCCACUGAGAGCGAGCGCAAGACCGAAUUUUCUGCCAAAUUGAAUGUGCCGCCAUCUACGUACGUGCCAAAACGACAUUGAUUUUUAGUACAACUCGCAGCUGGACCCAACAUUAGGUCCAUCCAGUAAGAUGUGACCAUUAUUUACUGGUAUACGUAUGUAGUUAGGCCAGUUUGUUGUAUAUAGGGGGGGGGGGGGAACAUAGCGAUCAUAUAAAAAAAGGUAUUUUACACAUAUGUAGUUAUACCCGUCACAUUUGAAAUCUUUUUUUUUUUUAAUGAGUGCUGCCUUGAGAUCGUAACGUCAUUGUCGUUCCACCCAAAUUCCAGGCAUCGCCAUUUUGCUCCAGUAUAUAGAAUGCGUCUGUGCGCCGGUGUACCUAAUGAUCUGUCCGGUGUCCUUGGGUCUCGAUGCCUUACCUUUUUGCGGUUGCCUGACGAUCAUUUCUUCCAGUUUCAUCAAGUUGCCUGCUACGGCCCAGCUGCUUGCACUUUGCACUCUCGAAAAAGUCAACUGGUGACAAUUGGGGGAGGGAUGGGGAAAAACCUCUUUGAGCAUUUGGCCUUUCGCUUUGUCUGAAUGGUUUGUUGUUGCUAGUUGCCAACUAUGUACUACAAGUGAGAACUAGAAAAUCCUCGUAUUACUAAAUGCUCAAAGGGCAUUCACGGAAGGAAGGAAGGAAGGGGCGGGUGGGGGUGAAAUGUUGGGAAUCCAUGUAUUGUUUUUCUUUUUCUUUUCAUAAAUGCCAAAUUGUAGUUUACUAAAGCAUUUUGCACAAGAUUAAACAUUAUCGAUGUCACUUUUUCAUACGCUCCACUAGCGAUUGAGUAUUCCAAACUUUUCCUACUAAUGUUUUUUUUUUUUCUGUAUAGAAAUCAACUAACAUGCUGUUUUUGGUUGACAGAUUUCCACUUGAUUUUUUUCGUGUUGUUUCGAUGUGCUCGUGCCAAUCAUCUCAGAGGAGCGUUUGAAUAAUACGGUGCGCAGCAUCAACUCGGUUCAUGCAUUGCUGGCAACAAAUUGAACACGGUGAAGAAUUCCUCCAUUAGUAAGUGCUUCUUUCUUUGUAGCAAAGGUUUGGUUUCAUGAUUGUGCUUAAGAGACAUUAAAACCUCAUAAAGCCUCGCGCUAACCGCAAACAUCUCAACUGUAAGCAAUACAAACGAUGACAAUAAAUGCUCUCAUCUGUUCAGGUC